AUGUUUGCAUAAAUUCAAACUUAAACUUAAAAAAAUACAUUAUAGCAACCUCAAGGAUUAUUUUCUCUUCCAAAUACUUCUAUUUCAUCUCAGCAAUAACAACCUGUUGGUUAAAGCUUAUUUAAUACAUCUUAAACUAAUUCUAAGAAUGGUUUAAAUAUAUAAACAUCAUAAUAAUAAGUGUCACUAUUCUAAACAGGACAAAAUUCAUCACCUUUAUUUCUCAACAAUAUUAAUUAGAACAAUUAGCAAAAUUAGAAUACCUAAAAUUCUUUGACUUGUCAACCUGCUUAAACAGUUUAGCAAUUAGAAACAUAGAAUUAAAAAAUGGGAUUGUUUUAAACAAAUUAAAAUACAUCUCUAAAUUUCUUGAAUGAUUUAAAUAAAAACAAUAAAUAAGAAUAAGUAUCAUCUAAUCAAUAAAAAAGUAUAUUUUAAAAUACCCAAAAUAUAUUUAAUCAAUAAUCAACUUCUUAGAAUAAUUACAAGAGUAUGUUUGCUCCAUAAUAAGAUUUUCAAAACACUUUAAAUACUUAAAGUCCUCAAAUGUUACUAACAGCAAACAACUUACCAUAAUAGCUUUAGUAAGAGAAUCAAGCAUUGAAAGAAAAAAUCUUGUAAAUGGAUUAGAGAAUAUGUGAAUUAGAAAAACAAGUAAAACAAAAUGAUGAGUAAAAUCAAAAAAUCAUGCAAUUAGAAAAUAAUUUUAAGCUUUUAGCAUAGUUUUGCUCAUAAAAUUUUAAAGGAUUAUGUAACAAAGGUCAUAUUUUGGAACAUUGUACCAGUUUUUUAGCAUAAAAUUUCAGUUGUGAUGUGUGUAAAUAAAAUUUAAAAGACACAGGCUUAGGCUCAUAUAAAUGCUAAGCAUGCGACUUUGACAGGUGUGAAAAAUGCUAUAAUGAAAACAGAUUAAUUUGA